AUGAAGUCAGCCGUUUUCCUCUACGUUCUUAGCACCGCCCUCGCGGCUCCAACCCGCACCAUCGAGGAGCGCCAGCUGUCUGCCCUGGGUGGUUCUAGCAGCGAUAGCGGCUUGGGUGCCCUUUCCUCUCUCUUCCCCGGCUUGGGUGGCUUUAGCGAUAGCUCGGAUUCUUCCAGCACUGGUGGUCUGCCUGAUCUAUCUAGUCUGACCGGGGGUUCUUCUUCAUCCAGCGGCCUGGGGGCCUUGUCUUCCCUCAUUCCCAGCAUGGGCGGCGGUUCCUCCACUGGCUCUGGUCUCGGAGCCCUGUCUUCUCUUAUUCCGAGCAUAGGUAGUGGUUCUUCUACCGGAUCUGGCCUCGGUGCUCUGUCGUCCCUCAUCCCCAGCUCUGGAAGCAGCGGCUCCUCUGGCCUCCCAGGUAUCGGUGACCUCUCCAGCCUGGGAAAACGACAGCUAGGCGGAUCAACCACCGAGAACGGAGUUACCAGCAAUCAGGGCUGCCAGCCGCUGACCUUCAUCUUUGCCCGUGGUAGCACUGAGAUGGGCAACAUGGGCUCUGUCGUCGGACCCGAAGUGGCCUCCGCACUCAAGUCUCAGUUGAACAACAAGGUCACCGUGCAAGGUGUUACAUAUGAUGCUGGAAUCGCAAGCAAUGCCGAGAUGGGUGCCAAUGGCGGUCCCGUUAUGGCCAAGCUGGUUAAGCAGGCUCUUAGCCAGUGUCCCAAGACCAAGGUCGUUGUUGGUGGUUAUUCCCAGGGCUCCAUGGUUGUCCACAAUGCCGCAAGCAGCCUUAGCUCCGGCCAGAUCAGCGCUGCAGUUCUCUUCGGUGACCCAUUCAAGACUCAGGCUGUUGGAAAGGUUGCUAGCAGCAAUGUUAAGGAGUACUGCGCCUCCGGUGACCCCGUCUGUGAGAAUGGAUUCAAUGUCAUGGCUCACAUCACUUACGGCAGCGAUGCGAAGGAGGCUGCCGCUUUCCUGAUCAAGGCUUCCGGGGUCUCAUCUUCUUAG